AUGGAAGACGUUUUAGUAUUAAAAGACCAUAAAACUGUUCCUGACAUAGUCCAUGAGUAUGAACCGACAUUAAAAUUUGGCCAUAUACCGUUAGUCAUAGAUAAUGGUUCCUACCAAUGCAGAGUAGGGUGGUCUAUAAACGAUGAGCCAAAUAUGAUAUUUAAAAAUUUAAUUGCUCGUCCGCGAAAGGAUCGGUGUAAAAAGGAUGCCGAACCACCUGUAACUCCCCCAAUUCAAAUAGGAAAUGAUAUUAUUAACAUCGAAGCAGUUCGAUUUCAGCUAAAGACACAAUUUGAUAAAAAUGUAGUUACUCACUUUGAAGUACAGGAACAAGUAUGUGAUUACAUUUUUUCACAUUUGGGUAUUGACAAUGAAGGCUGUGUGCCUCAUCCAAUUGUGAUGACAGAGGCUUUUGUAACACCUAAUUAUAGUAGACAGUUGAUGUCAGAAUUAUUAUUUGAGGCCUAUGGUGUACCAGCAGUAAGCUAUGGGGUUGAUUCACUAUUCAGUAUGUACAAGAAUGAUAUAGGUGAUUCUGCACUCAUUGUCAACUGUGGAUAUCACACAAUACACAUUAUACCCGUGAUCAAGGGCAAGGUUUUUGCUGAAUAUGCAAGAAGAAUUAAUUUAGGUGGAAGUGAAAUAAUAUGCUAUCUACAUAAAUUAUUACAGUUGAAAUAUCCAGUUCAUGUAAAUGCCAUAACAAUGUCUCGUAUAGAGGAAAUCCUUCAUGAGCACAGCUCUAUAGCCCUUGAUUAUCAAGAGGAAAUAAGAAAGUGGGCCAGUCCAGACUACUAUGAAGCAAAUGUAAAGAGGAUUCAACUACCAUUUGUGCAAUCUACCAGCUCUUCAGGGCUCACAGCUGAGCAACAGAAGGAGAGAAAGAAGGAAAUGGCACGGAGGCUUCUUGAAAUUAACGCGAGAAAACGAGAAGAAAGGCUAGCCGAGGAUGAAGAGCAGUUAAACCAACUUUUAGCUAUUCAAGACUUAAUAGAAGAUGGCGACACAGACGAAUUUAAUGAAGCCAUCAAAGGAUUUGACAUAAAAAGCUAUGAGGAUCUACAGAGGCAAAUAUCGAAUUUGAACAUGCGUAUCGAGAAGAAUAAGCAGCGAAUAGCUGCUGCGGCAAAUGCUGAAGAAAUGCCCGAACCCAAACCUUCGGGUCGCUUUCAGCCACCUAGCGACCCGGAGGCUUUCCAGGUCUGGCUGAACGAUACGCGUGCUAAGUACCGCGAGGUGGUGCAGCGGCGCGAGGCGCGACGCGCGCGGCGCGCUGCCAUGGUGCGGCGGCGCACGGCGGCAGCGGCCGAGCGCAUGCGCGUCAUCUCGCACCUCGCCGCCGCCGGCGACGACUUCGGCACGCGCGACUCCGACUGGGACGUCUACAAGAGCAUCAGCCGUGAGGCCGAUUCUGAUUCAGAAGCAGACGGCGAACGGCUCGUGGAACUAGAAGAGGCACUACGAGAGUACGAACCACAACAACCAAGCAAUCAACAUCACCAACUACACCUCGCAAUAGAACCUUUCAGAGCUCCAGAAUUAAUGUUUCAACCAUCUAUGAUGGGCAAUUUGGAAGCUGGAUUAGCAGAGACAAUGGAGUAUGUGUUCAAACAUUUUAGCCCAGAGGAUCAAUUGUUAUUAGCAAAUAAUGUAUUUCUUACUGGAGGUUGUUCGCAAUUUCCAGGUUUAAAAGAAAGGUUAGAAAGGGAGCUUCUCGAAAUGCGACCAUUCCAAUCAACCCAUAAAGUAAUACUCGCUAAAAAUCCGAGUCUGGAUGCUUGGUAUGGCGCUAGAGAUUUUGCGGGUAGCAACGAGUUUGAAAACUGGUGUAUAACUAAAGAAGAAUAUUACGAAAUGGGCGGAGAAUAUUUGAAAGAGCAUCAUGCAAGCAACAAAUAUUAUAAGAGCCCAGCACCAAUCGUAGAUAACACUCUUGCUCCAGCCGGAGACGCGAAUGUGGUGAAAGAGGAAAUAGUUGUAGACUGUUGA